AUGACCGAGAAACGCAGGAGGAGGACGGGCUGUCUGACAUGUCGCACCAGACGGGUGAAAUGCGAUGAGAGAAAGCCAGACUGUGAACGCUGUGAGGUUGCUAAUAUAGAGUGUUCUGGAUACGCGGAGAAGCGGCGGCUGAAGACCAGACCUCCGGGACAAAGCACAACUACAACAGAGGCACAUAAUGGCGUUGCUUCACCCCCGGCAAGUCUCGUUAAUCAUGAAUAUUUGCAGCCGAAAACUCGCGAAGACGGAUUGCCCUUGAUGGCGUUGCCGGUCAAUCCCAAUCCAUUUCAGCGGCCUCACUCCCGAGCGCGCGAUAUGCUCGGAUACCACCAAUAUCUCUACAGAACAUCAACGAUCUUGUUCGCACCAAAGAGCUUUCAUUUCUGGAGAGAUUACUUGUGUGAAGCGGCAUGGGAGACCGAAUGGGUUUUUGAUGCUAUCGUCGCCCUGGGUUCUAUGCAUCGCGCAACCUUGUUAUUGUCGAAACAAGGUGGUAGCGACCACGAUCGCGGAUUAGACACGAAAAUCAGUGCCAUCCAAACGUACAUCAGAGCGCUUGAAGGGGUAUCAAGGGAAAUAAAUCAGAAAAAGAACCCCACACCUCUGGCAGUCGGCGUUCUGAUUAUUAUGGCAUAUAUCGAGUGCCUUUCCGGAAAUAUUCCGGCCGCCAUUCGCCAUACUCAAGUCACUCAAUAUUAUUCGCAUUCAAUGCAAUCACACGAUAACCACCCGACCAGCCACUUCAUCUUGCCGGUUGAGUCCUCCCUUCGCGACUUGGAGUUGAUAUGUCGCAUCGUGAGACCAUUCCCUAGCCCAUUGGAACCGAACUUUCUGUCGAAUGCAGAAAAGCUGACGGUCAAUCUUCCUGCUUCCUUCUUUGAAUUGGGAGCAAGUUCUUCCUCAAUAUUGAUCCAACAACUUCUGGAGUUCACCUCCGCAGAUCUUGAUCUCAAGCACGUAAUAUGGUGUGUUUAUGCCGCACAUUACAAGACUACGUCGAAAGAUAAGAUCCUAGCGUUCUUACAAGCUCUAGAUGAUUGGAAGACAUACAACUCAACACUAUUCCAAACGCUGAAAGCAGAUGACUCCCAAUCGGACUUUGAUGAGUUCUCAUACCAGGGGCUGGGUAAAUUUCCACUUCCGCCACUGCCUCACAAGCAUACAUCGUGGGAGUCUUGCCUUGUCUUAGCGCUGUACAGCUUUUACAAGGCGCGCCUGCUCUGGGCGCUAUGUCUUCUAGGAGACCAAGACCGCAAAAUUGAAUUAGAUUCAUACUUCCAUGUCUAUGAGUUACUACGGUACACAAGAACCGCCUUGACGAUCUCGCAUCGAUCCUCUUCCCUAUCAAUGAUAAUGUGCGAGAACUUGAGGAUUGGGUUUUCGCCAUUACUCUAUCUAGCGGGCCGUUGUUGUCCUUCAGCCCCGUGGCUUCGUUGGAUCAUCCAAGAGCUUGAAAACGUUGGCCCAGAGGGACUCUUCCACAACAAACAAUUUGCGGCAACACUUGAUCUUUUGUUAUCGCUCGAAGAACUCAAAACGAGAGAUCUGCAUUUCUCUUCCGACGGGGCAAGUUUCGUACACCCUUCCAUGCGAACGAUCGCCGUUUUUAUCCCAGAUAUCGACGGUCGAAGCUUCGAAGCAUAUUACGGACGUCUCAGAGGCUCUUCAAGUGAAAAUGACAAUGACACGCAAUUCGCUCUUUCUAAAGUUGCGCAUUGGUUAGAUGCAACCAAUGAUUCUGAGCCUUCCAUUGACGAUUAUGAGAUAUACCCGCAGCCCUUUUCUCCCAAUUGGCUUAUGGAACAGCCUAUUGUGAAGAAGUGGUUGGACUGGAGUUGUGUCACAGAGUUUGAUUUGAAUCAAGUGAUCCAGGACCACAUUGCUGGGAAUCGUCAUCUGCUUGAAAUUGGGGUUGAAGCAUGA